GUUGUUCGAAUCAGUUUGCCAGGUGAACAACAUUGAGCGCGCUAGCGAGCGAUUUCGAGGCGAUUCCGAGGCGAUUUCGAGGCGGUCGAAGUCGAAUUUAACCGAAGUGCGCGUCGGGCCUUCGUUCCUAUUUUUUUCUUUGUGCUUCUGUGCGAGUGAGAGAGAGAGAGAGCAAGAGCGAAAGAGAGAGAGAGAGCGCGACAAGGAAGGAGCAGCAGCCUCCGCGACAAGGAGUUGAAUAUAUCACAGUGUGUUAGGACGAGAGAAUCAUCAAACGAUUCGGAACGCAGCGAAACGAUUCGGAACGAAGCGACCGAUUCGAAACAGAACACAGGACCUUUUUUGGGGGCAAUUGGCGCGAGGACGUCGCCGUGGCGAACAGAAACACGCUGGCCGUUGACCGAGUGGCAACGUAGCCCGGAGAAUCGGUUUGGAGAAUUGGUUCUUGAGCGAAGAAGAGAGUGUAUCGUAUCGUAUCGUAUCGUAUCGCAUCGCAAGUGAGGAACUCCUAAAACUGAGACUGAACUGAGCAUUUCGCAGCUGUUGCAUGCUGUUGUGGCAGACUCAGUGACGCCGCGAGUGCCGUCGCCACCGCGUCUUUGGUUUUUGUUGUUUGUUGUUUGUUUGGUGACCCCGACGCGAUCCUCUCGAGUGUGCAGUGUGACCCAGACAGCCAAAUACUAAGCACAUUUAAAACAGUGAAACGGAAAGAGACACACGAGUCCCGUCGGGAACGAGGUAUUCGCAUUCGAGCCAAUGGUCAGGAUGGGCCGACUGCUGAGCUGCCUGCCUGUGAUCCUGGCACUGGCCAUCGUCCAACUGGGACUGGGAUCCCACUCCUCGGCCGCCGGCAUAUCCUCCAACGAUCCCUGCUACUUCGAGGGCAAGCCGCGGAAAUGCCUGCCCAGCUUUGUGAACGCCGCCUAUGGGAAUCCCGUCCAGGCAUCGAGCACCUGCGGAUCCCAGCAGCCGGAGCGAUAUUGUGAGCUCCUCCGCGACGGUUCCAUAGGCGAGUGCCGGAAGUGCGAGGCCCAGCGUUAUGGACCCUCGUCCCUCACCGACCUGAACAAUCCGAGCAACGUGACCUGCUGGCGCUCCGGCGGGGUCAAUGUGCCCCACGAUCCCAGCAAUGCGCCGCCCGACAAUGUCACCUUGACCCUGUCGCUGGGCAAGAAGUACGAGCUGACCUACAUAUCGCUGAGCUUCUGCCCCAAGUCGCCGCGUCCCGAUUCGCUGGCCAUCUUCAAGAGCUCCGACUUUGGCCUCAGCUGGCAGCCCUUCCAGUUCUACAGUUCCCAGUGCACCAAGUUCUAUGGUCGCCCCGAUAGAGCCAAAAUCUCCAAGUUCAAUGAGUUGGAAGCCAGGUGUAUUAACUCCCAACAUGAUAGUGGUGGAGGUGGAGGAGCCUCCCAGAGAUUUGCCUUCAACACUUUGGAAGGACGACCCUCGGCGAAUGACUUGGACUCAUCGCUCGUCCUGCAGGAUUGGGUGACGGCCACGGAUAUUCGAGUGGUCUUUCAUAGACUGGAGCUGCCGCCGCAGCUGCUGAAGGUCAAGAAGAACAAUGCCAAUUCGUUUAGCGAUGAAAUGGGCGGAAGUCGCGAGGAGGAGGACGAUGGCGAGGAGGAUCUCGAGCUGGAGGGCGAUGAUCAGGACGAGUACAGUGACUACAAUCUGCAGGACAACGAUAGUGGGGAUAAUGCCAACUACGAUGAGUACGAGGAGCCCAAGAAGCACUUAGAGCUGGACGAUGAUCAUCUGGGGCAUUUGGACUAUGCCAGCGAUGGGGAACAGUCAUCUAUAUCAUCAUUGAAUACCAAGCUAAGCAGGGAAAGACAGCAGGGCAAGCACAAGUACGAGAAGCACUAUCAGAGCAAAAGUACCACCCAGCAGCCCAAGGUCACUCCGAGUGGGAGUACAGUUGCCCCCGGAGGAGGAGGAGCUACCACCUCGCCCUCCUCGGUGAUUUUGCCCAUUUCGCAGCACUAUGCCGUCUCCGAUUUCGCCGUCGGCGGUCGCUGCAAGUGCAAUGGCCAUGCCUCCGAGUGUGUGGCCACUGUGGGUUCCGGUUUGGGAUCAGGAUCAGGAUCAUCAUCGGAUACCGAUGACGGGCAGGACGAGGACUCUCCCGCAAACGCCGCCCCCGCCCACUUUGGACGGAGUAUCCAGACGACAGCCAAACUGACCAUGACCUGCGCCUGCAAACACAAUACCGCCGGUCCCGAGUGCGAGCGCUGCAAGCCCUUCUACUUCGACCGCCCCUGGGGCAGGGCCACCGACAACGAUGCCAACGAGUGCAAGAUGUGCCAGUGCAAUGGACACGCCCGUCGCUGCCGCUUCAACCUGGAGCUAUACAAGCUAUCGGGUCGGGUUUCGGGUGGUGUGUGCUACAACUGCCAGCACGAUACUACGGGGAGAUACUGUCACUACUGCCGCGAGGGAUAUUACCGGGAUGCCACUAAGCCGCCAAAUCAUCGCAAAGUCUGCAAGCGUUGCGACUGCCAUCCGGUGGGUUCGACGGGCAAGACGUGCAAUCACCUAAGUGGCCAGUGUCCCUGCAAGGAGGGCGUCACCGGACUGACCUGCAACCGAUGUGCCCGAGGCUACCAGCAGACCCGCUCCCACGUGGCACCCUGCAUCAAAGUGCCCACCAAUGCGAACAUGAUUCAGGCCGAGAGUGCUGGCGGCGGCGGCGGAGGAGGCGGCACGGGUGAUUAUAAGGACGGCGGUGGUUCGCAGGUCGAGGAAAUGAAGAAGUACUGCGGCAAGUGCAAGGCGAGUCCCAAGAAGCUGAAUCUCAACAAGUUUUGCAUGGAAGACUAUGCCAUUUUGGCCAAGGUCAUUGGCCACGAUCGCGCCUCGCAGGACAUCAGCACCGAAAAGUUCUCGAUAGAGCGACAGAACGAGAUCUACAAGUACGAGAUCAACAUCCAGACGAUCUUCAAGCGGAAUCCCAUGUCGGGCACGACCAGUUCCUUGCUGGGCAGAGGCAAUAUGAUGCUGCUGGUGCCGCGCAAGAGCAUCGAGUGCCAGUGUCCCAAAAUAAAGCUAAACAAAUCGUAUCUCAUCCUUGGACGCGACUCGGAGGCGGCGCCUGGCUAUUUGGCCAUAGGACCCAGCUCGGUGGUCCUCGAGUGGAAGGACGAGUGGUCGCUACGCAUGAAGCGAUUCCAGCGGCGAGCACGCAAAUGCAGUUGAAUCGAACCGGAAACGGAAUAUGUCAGAGCGGAUUUCAAUUUCACACACUUGGCUAGGUAUCGGUUUUUGUAUAAAUUGUACAGUUUACUCAAGUUUCUGACCUUCUUCGGCAUCAUGCUAUAAAUUAAUCUAAACGAAUCGAAUCGGAAAAUCGGUCCCUUAAAAUCAAAAGUCCCCAGCCCGUCGUCAGCAAUUCCCAACCGGAAGUAAUACCUAUAUAACCUAUAAUCUCAGUUCCCUCCUAGAAUAUCAUCUUCUUCUUCCGGUGGAAGGGGAGUUUCUAGUCUAUAAAGCGCUUUACACAAAACACACAAAAUACACAACCCCUACAUAUUAUGCCCCUUUUUAUGAAACACCAAAUGCUAAUUACAGUUACGUGCCAAUGGGCCAAUGGGCAGUGGGCGUGGCCGUGGCCGCUUGUGUCCAUAACGGUUAUGUUGGCCAUAAAAAACAGUUAUAAAUUGAAAAUAAGUGCGAGAAAGAGCCGAAAAGCGUCGCGUGUCGCGAUUCUAGACAACCAAACAGGCAAACAAGCGCGAAUUUUCCGGGAGGGAAAUGGAAAAUGGGAAAUGGGGAAAACGGACAAACAGGCCAACACGUCGACACAUAAGUGCAGUCAUAAAGCAACAACAAAACACGGGCCUUGACCAGAUGGCAAGCCGUCCACAUCCACACUUUUGCCAAUAAAUAGUAGGGAGCCUCAAAAUAGUAUUAUUAAUA